UAAGGAAACCGGAAGUGGCAUGUCCGGAUUGCAGAGAUUUCGCAGCUCGGUGGAAGAAGUAAGAGGGAAAGAAGAAAGCAGGGGUUUUUUUUAAUUGGAAUUUCCUCCACUUUGGAUCUUUGGCAAGUCAUAAAAAGAAAAUCUAAAUAUAUUUCGCUCUGAUUUUCGAUAAAAAUGGACGGAAAGAGCGCGGUGUGAGUGCGGGCUUGUUGUUUUUUGUGUGUGUCCCGUCAACAGUUUGGUUUUGUCGUAAAAAGCUGUCGUGGGUAUGCGCGUGAUCGUGUCUGAUUGUUGAUUAUUGAGGAUUAUUGAUUAUUGAUACUUUCAUCAUGAACGGAAAAUCGGCGAACGGUGCAGCGAGCGGAGCCCCGGCCUGCAUUGAGGGUCUGCCGCCGCUGCCGAAGAGCCUGAGCGGCCUACUGAACUCGAGCGGCGGAUCGUGGAGGGAGAUCGAGAGGAUGCACGCCAAGAAGGCCAUGAUCCAGGACGAUCUGCGGAGAGGAGCAGCUCCGGUGGACCGGGCCCUCGUGUCCAAACCGGCCAACCUGGACGCGGCCCUAGCUCUGCUCCGGAAAGAGAUGGUGGGGUUGCGGCAGCAGGACAUGUCCCUUCUGUGCCAGCUCUGGUCCCUGCACGAGUCCAUCCAGGAGUACAAGGGCAGCUGUCAGGAGGCGGGGCCAGGGGGCGACGCCAUGGACAACGGCUUCUUCGACGAGGACGACGAAUUCUACACGGACUCCGGCGUGACACCCACCGAGACGCCGGACGAGAGUGAGGCGCCCCUGGCGCGCAACGGGACCUCCGAGGACACUUGGCUGCAUGAGUCAUCGUUCCGCAUUGCGAUUUGAGGACUGGGAAAAAAAUAUAGAGGGGCGGAUCCUCGACGCUGCUUUUUUUUUUUUUUUUUUUUUUUCUUCUCGAUUGCCAGCAGAUUUUUUUUUUUUUCAUAGAAAUGUAAACCACAUUUAUUUAUUACUUAUUAUAUAAUACAGUAUAUAGCGGUUUUCUGGACACUUAAAAAUUUUAUAGGACUUUAUAUAUAUGAGGGGGUGGAGCUUAUCGCUAGUAUUUACACGUAUGCAAAAAAUUGCGUAUCAAAGCUCUUGUGUCGCGGGCGGACUUCCGAGCCGGAUCCUAAAUGCUGAAAAGACGAAAACACCAACUACGGUCAUGUCCUAUCCCGACAUGGAACACGGCUCUUUCGAGGACUCGGAUUCGGAAUUCCGGGGACUGGGAAUAUUUUCCCCAGGAGAGGACUGUACACGAUCGUAUUUUACGUAGCUAACCGAGCUUAUGCAUAUUAAUCCAGGUGCUAGGAAGACAUGCCUUAAUCACGUCACGUGUAUCAGUUACAUACGAGCUACUCUACGAUAUCGAUCGGAGGCGAACACGAAAACAAAACCAAAGAACGCCACGUUUGGGAAAAGGCGGAGCUGGGCGUUAAACACGAUCUAAACAGAAACCGUAAACGGAUCGAAAUUCUCAGAAGUAUGGCGGAUUUUUCCGGAAUUCGUACGAGCUUUCGUGAAGUAACAUCUGAAGCGUAAAAAAGAAAGACUGGAGAUUUCGGCUGUUUCUUCAUCAACCUGGCUUUGCUCCCGCCUCUUCUGCAUACCGAUUGGCUGCCAGGUGUGACCCAUUAACUAAUCAGAACGCUCCUGAUCCAUUCUGUUGCUGUAUCGCCCAGCUCUUAUCCACAUAAAGCGUCGUUUACGUUUCAUCGUUCCAGUGUAUAUUCAGUCUUGUGUGCUGAGAAAAAAAGGUUUUUUUUUUUAUUUUUUUAUUAUUUUAAAUUUUUUUUUUUUUUUUAGUUAAAAGGACCUGAGGAAACUUUUUUAAAUUAUGGAGGUCGUAAAAAAUUUAGAUUUCUACAGACAUGUCUCUGAGGUCGUAUCAGAUAAAAACAUAAAAAAAAUAUGACAAGGUGAAAAAGGAGAAACAUUUCUUCUCUAGUGUAUCGCAAAAAAAAUCCCUUUUUUAAUUUUUGUUAUUAUUAUUAUUUAGUGGAACUCCUCUGUAGAGGCUUAAAUCAAUCAAUUUAUUAAAUAAAGAUAUAAAUGAAAGGGAAGGGAAGAAGCUAGCUUAAUAAUGUAUUAUUAUUAUUAUUAUUAUUAUUAUUAUUAUUAUUUAAAAAGAAAUAAUUCUCCCUGUUUGUGUUUGGAUUAUAUGCAUUUAAAAAGGUUAAAAAAUAAAUAUAUAUAAUUAAUGUAUUUUAAUUUUAAUAUAUAUUUUAGAAAGUUUUUUUUUUUUUGUCAGGUAUCUGGUUUUGAGUUAGAAA